AUGCCGCCGGAGAAAAUCGACUCCUCCGCCCCGCAAUCGCCGCCUCCUCCGCCGCCGAACUUCUGGGGCGACGCGCCGGAGGACGAGUACUACGCUUCCCAUGGCGUCCGCAACGCGAAAUCCUACUUCGAAACCCCUCACGGCAAGCUAUUCACGCAGUCCUUCCUCCCGCUGGACACGGCGCAGCCGGUCAAAGGAUCCGUAUACAUGACCCACGGCUACGGCUCGGACACCGGCUGGAUGUUCCAGAAGAUCUGCCUGAGCUACGCCGGCUGGGGUUACGCCGUCUUCGCCGCGGACAUGCUCGGACACGGCCGAUCCGACGGGAUCCCGUGCUACGUAGGGGAUCUGAUCAAGGUAGCCGCGGCGUCCCUGCACUUUUUCAGGAGCGUUAGGGUUAGCGGCGAUUACAAGGACCUGCCGGCGUUCCUGCUCGGGGAGUCGAUGGGCGGGCUGGCGACGCUGCUGAUGUACUUCCAGUCGGAGAAGGAUCUGUGGACGGGACUGAUUUUCACGGCGCCGCUGUUUGUGAUUCCCGAGCCGAUGAAGCCGUCUAAGGUACACCUAUUCGUGUACGGGCUCCUAUUCGGUCUUGCCGACACUUGGGCCGCCAUGCCCGACAACAAGAUGGUUGGCAAAGCUAUCCGGGACCCCGAGAAGCUCAAAAUCAUCGCCAGCAACCCAAGAAGGUACACGGGCAAGCCCCGAGUGGGAACAAUGAGGGAAAUCGCGCGGCAGUGCGAAUACGUGCAGAACAAUUUCGACAAGGUCACGAUUCCCUUCUUCACGGCCCAUGGGACCUCGGAUGGGCUUGCGUGCCCGUCGGGUUCGAAGCUGUUGUACGAGAAGGCUAGCAGUGAGGAUAAGACUCUGAAGCUUUACGAAGGGUUGUACCAUUCUUUGAUACAAGGAGAGCCGGACGAGAGUGCGAAUCUUGUGCUGGCGGAUAUGAGGGCUUGGAUUGAUGAGAGGGUUGAGAGGUAUGGUAAGAAAUAA